AUGGCGACUCCAGAGCUUAUCUGCGCCAACUGGGACAUCGCAAACUCAGAGUGCAAGAAAGAAGGCAGAUACACGUGCAAGAACUGUCAUCUCGUCCUUUACUGCGGUCCAGUAUGCCAGAAAUUGCACUGGACGCAACACAAAUCCGAAUGUAAAUCGCCUCUUAAUAAAGGAACAUGGCAGCCCGCUUGGCUUCUAGAGAACCGAAAGCCUUCGUUUAUCGCAGAAGGGCUCGGACAACAGUUUGGGACGAAGAAGUACCUCUGGGGUAACAUCCCUGCAUCCGACAUCCUUCGACUUGGAUCAAAUGAAGGGGAAGAAUAUGGCGGAGUGAUACGCAUCUUGUUUGCUGCUUCAGGAGAUCUUCGAAAUGUUGUCAAGACGAUUGCCCAGCUUCCGAGUAGCUAUAGCUACCCCCUCGAACUUACGAUAAACGACCGGGAUUUCGAAAUUGUGGCUCGAAACAUUAUCUUGCUUCUUAUUGCCCUAAUAGUUGAUCAAGUUGAUGAGGCAGUUGAUUGCAUCAUUCACCUCUGGUACUCGGCUCUCGUACACGAGUCGCACGCUGACCUCCUCCGACAUCGAAUUCGACCUCUCGUCGAGGAUGUCUGCAACAAGAUCAAAGACAAAAAGCCCGGUAGCCUCUUAGGGAAGACAUGGACAUUUGGACGGCACUCUCUCCGAGUUGUUCUCGAAAGAUCGUCUUGGGACCGUCUCUUGUCUUUGGUUGACCCGCCAGCUGGCUUGACUGCUGAUCGUGCACGUGAACUUCGUGCAGCUAUUACUCUAGCUGAAUCACGGAAGGACUACCGUGAUCGAUUCAUGUAUUGCCAGUCGCCUUCGCAUCGAAUCGCUUUCCAAAAAUUCCGGGAAGACGGCCUCCUGCUCCCGUUUGGAUCCUCACGUCAUGAAUUUCGAAUACCAAACCCAACAUUGUUCCAUACAGCUAAUGCCUGGCCAAUGAACGACAAUGCUGAUCCACUUCACGGGUGGCCUUUAGACGAGGUUGCCGCUACGUCAACAGGCCCUGCAACUGCGGAUAUAUACGGCAAGCUCUUCUUUUACAUUCGCAGAAUGCUUCGAUCUUUCCUUGGUCGGCUCCCGAGUCUGAGGCUCUCCUUUAAACUCUUCCAGCUCGACGCCGCUUGCCUUCCUGACCAUCUCGAGAAUGAUUCUUUCAGUAGAAUCGAGGUGUCCAAUAUUUCGGAUUCUGGCUGGUUGGGAAUUCACACCACACUAAGUUUGAUGGUACCUUUGCUUCAAACGCCUCAGGAAAACCCACAUGCGACCCUGAUUACCCUCUUCAUGAACGCGGUUGAAGAAACCUUGACCGAUCAAGACAGAAUGCUGGACUUGACUACACAUAGUCCAACAACUAAACGCCUCCUCAAAUAUCUUCCUCUGAAAAGGAGGCCAACUUCCGCCUACGAUCCCGAGCUUGUCAAAUUCAACCUUGGCCGGGAGCUGGUCAAAACCUAUGACGACAUCUUCAACCGGUAUUCGGAGAAGUUCAAGUUCCGUGAGUUUGCCGAUUUGUUAGGGGCAGAGAUGAAGGAGACGCACACUAUCAUCGACAAGUGGCCCUAUAGAUUGAAGCUCCGACCUGGCCAACCCGGCGCGCAAGAGGAGUUCGACAGGUGCAUUGGUGGAGGGAUGUCGGGGAAGGAGCGCUACGUAGAAUGGAAAAGAGUUCAUAUGGGUAUGAUUUGA